GACCGGGCGGGGCCCGCGGGUUCGCUGCGGCGCCGCAAUGGCGGGGGUGUUCGACAUCGACCUGGAGACCGAGGAGGGGAGCGACGGGGAGGAGCCCGAGCUGGGCGCCGAGAUGGAGGUGGAACCCCGGGGGAACGGCCUGGAGCCUGUGGGGCACUACGAGGAGAUCGAGAUCUCAGAGAGCAGCGUCAACAACGGCCCUGAACACAUCGGGCCCCACUGCUUCGAGCUGCUGCGCGUCCUGGGCAAGGGCGGCUACGGCAAGGUCUUCCAGGUGCGUAAGGUGCAGGGCACCAACACGGGGAAGAUCUUCGCCAUGAAGGUGCUGAAGAAGGCUAAGAUCGCCUGCAAUGCCAAGGACACGGCGCACACGCGGGCUGAGAGGAACAUCCUGGAGGCCAUCAAGCACCCCUUCAUCGUUGACCUCAUCUACGCCUUCCAGACGGGCGGCAAGCUCUACCUCAUCCUGGAGUGCCUCAGCGGUACGAGGGGUUGGGGGGGCACGCACGAGGGGGGCACGGCUCACGGCCUCUUUGUUGCAGGUGGGGAGCUCUUCAUGCAGCUGGAGCGUGAGGGCAUCUUCCUGGAGGACACCGCCUGCUUUUAUCUCAGUGAGAUCACGCUGGCGCUGGGCCACCUGCACUCCAACGGCAUCAUCUACCGUGACCUCAAGCCAGAAAACAUCAUGCUCAACAGCCAGGGUCACAUCAAGCUGACGGACUUCGGGCUGUGCAAGGAGUCCAUCCACGACGGAGCGGUCACCCACACCUUCUGCGGCACCAUCGAGUACAUGGCCCCGGAGAUUCUGGUGCACAGCGGGCACAACCGGGCGGUGGACUGGUGGAGCCUGGGUGCCCUGAUGUAUGACAUGCUCACCGGAUCGCCCCCGUUCACGGCCGAGAACCGCAAGAAAACCAUAGACAAGAUCUUGAAGGGGAAGCUGGUGCUGCCCCCCUACCUGACGCCCGAUGCACGUGACCUGCUCAAGAAGUUCCUCAAGCGUAACCCCAGCCAGCGUGUUGGUGGGGGGCCGGGAGAUGCAGCCGAUGUGCAGAAGCAUCCCUUCUUCCGGCACAUCAACUGGGAGGAGCUGCUGGCGCGCCGCCUGGACCCUCCCUUCAAACCCUGCCUGCAGUCGGAGGAGGACGUCAGCCAGUUCGAUGCCCGCUUCACGCGCCAGACCCCCGUGGACAGCCCUGAUGACGCCGUCAUCAGCGAGAGUGCCAACCAGGCCUUCCUGGGCUUCACUUACGUGGCCCCCUCAGUGCUGGAGAGUAUCAAGGAGGGCUUCUCCUUCCAGCCUAAGCCCGGUGAAGUUCUCCCCGUUCGAGCCCUUCAGGCCUGCAGAGCCCAUGGAGCUGGGGCUGGGGGGCGGCACCCCGCCCGAGGGCACGGCCCCGCUGCCUAUCGCCUCCGCCAAGAAGACGCGGGGGGGUCGGGGGCGGCCGCCCAGGUAGGGGUGUGGGGGGGAGGGGAAUCGGGGAAACGGUGCCUUGGGGCGAGGGGGGGCCGGGGCUGCAGGGCUGCGACCCGGCCGGGCUGCGUGUGCCCAUUAAAGCAUCAAUCAGUGCGGCUGCGGCGUGCUGGGCUGGGGGGGGGGGGUGCCUAAGGGGGUGGGGGGACGCGCCCUGCCCGCCGCACCACGCCGUGUCCGCCCGGAGGAGCGUUGAGUGCUUUAUUGGGGCGGUGCCCAUCACAGCGCGGUGCUGUCGUGCGGCCGCGCAUCGCCCCACGCCGCCGUCCCCGCGAGGCUGUGCGCGUCGCCGGGCAGUGCGUGGGGC